UGCUCAGCACUGGCCUUGGAGAGGGCACCGCUUGACCUCAUUCUCAGGGCAAACGUGGCUGCUCCGUUCAGGUUUGCCCUGCUUUUUGAUGCUUUCUUGUUCUUUGAGUCCUGCUUUGCCCCGUCCUUAGCCCCUCUGUAGGGAGUCUCACCUGGGAUCCUUGAAUCCGAGUCCUUGAGUCCUUGUGGCCACACCCCCAGCGUGGAGCACAGGUCAAAGGCCAUCGCUCCUGUUCAGCCCAGGCACAGUGGGGACGGGAUGGAUAGAGUCACUCGAUGAGCGUCCACGUUUGGGAAGGUGUCUGUGAGCAAGACCUGGGGAAGCGUGCCACGGGGGCUGGAACUCAGAUCUGGGGUCGGCUCAGCAUGUCGGUCAGCGUCCAUGAGACGCGGAAGUCACGGAGCAGCACGGGGUCCAUGAAUAUCACCCUCUUCCACAAAGCCUCCCACCCCGACUGUGUGCUGGCCCACCUCAACACCCUGCGCAAGCACUGCAUGUUCACGGACGUCACGCUGUGGGCGGGCGACCGCGCCUUCCCCUGCCACCGCGCCGUGCUGGCUGCCUCCAGCCGCUACUUCGAGGCCAUGUUCAGCCACGGGCUGCGGGAGAGCCGGGAUGACACGGUCAACUUCCAGGACAACCUGCACCCCGAGGUGCUAGAGCUGCUGCUGGACUUCGCCUACUCGUCCCGCAUUGUCAUCAACGAGGAGAACGCCGAGUCGCUGCUGGAGGCCGGCGACAUGCUGCAGUUCCACGACGUGCGCGACGCGGCCGCCGAGUUCCUGGAGAAGAACCUCUUCCCCUCCAACUGCCUGGGCAUGAUGCUGCUGUCGGACGCGCACCAGUGCCGCCGGCUCUACGAGUUCUCCUGGCGCAUGUGCCUGGUGCACUUCGAGACGGUGCGGCAGAGCGACGACUUCAACAGCCUGUCCAAGGACACCCUGCUGGACCUGGUCUCCAGCGACGAGCUGGAGACGGAGGACGAGCGCGUGGUCUUCGAGGCCAUCCUGCAGUGGGUGAAGCACGACCCCGAGCGGCGCAAGGCGCACCUGCCGGAGCUCCUCCGGAGCGUGAGGCUGGCCCUGCUGCCGGCCGACUGCCUGAAGGAGGCGGUCUCCGGCGAGGCGCUCCUCAUGGCCGACGAGCGCACCAGGCUCAUCGUGGACGAGGCGCUCCGCUGCAAGACCAAGAUCCUGCAGAAUGACGGGGUGGUCACCAGCCUCUGCGCCCGGCCGCGCAAGGCGGGCCACACGCUGCUGAUCCUGGGGGGCCAGACCUUCAUGUGCGACAAGAUCUACCAGGUGGACCACAAGGCCAAGGAGAUCAUCCCCAAGGCGGACCUACCCAGCCCCCGGAAGGAGUUCAGUGCCUCGGCCAUCGGCUGCAAGGUCUACGUGACCGGGGGCCGGGGCUCCGAGAACGGGGUCUCCAAGGAUGUGUGGGUGUAUGACACCGUCCACGAGGAGUGGUCCAAGGCGGCGCCCAUGCUGAUCGCCCGCUUUGGCCACGGCUCUGCUGAGCUGGAGAACUGCCUCUACGUGGUCGGCGGACACACGUCCCUGGCAGGCGUCUUCCCGGCCUCCCCGUCUGUCUCCCUGAAGCAGGUGGAGAAGUAUGACCCCGGGGCUAACAAGUGGACCAUGGUGGCCCCGUUGAGGGACGGUGUCAGCAAUGCCGCGGUGGUGAGCGCCAAACUGAAGCUGUUCGUUUUUGGGGGGACCAGCAUCCACCGAGACAUGGUGUCCAAAGUCCAGUGCUACGACCCCUCGGAGAACCGCUGGGCCAUCAAGGCUGAGUGCCCCCAGCCUUGGCGGUACACGGCAGCCGCCGUGCUGGGCAGCCAGAUCUUUAUCAUGGGAGGUGACACCGAGUUCACAGCUGCCUCCGCCUACCGCUUCGACUGCGAGACCAACCAGUGGACGCGGAUCGGGGACAUGACGGCCAAACGCAUGUCCUGCCACGCCCUGGCCUCGGGCAACAAGCUCUACGUGGUGGGAGGCUACUUCGGGACCCAGAGGUGCAAGACCCUGGACUGCUAUGACCCCACGUCGGACACGUGGAACUGCAUCACCACUGUGCCCUACUCGCUCAUCCCCACUGCCUUCGUCAGCACGUGGAAGCACCUGCCUUCAUGAGGAGCGUGUGCAGAGCCCGGCCAGACUCCGCGUGCCUCUCCCUGCCUCGCGGCCACAGCCCUCACCACUGCAGAGUGGCCCCGCCGUGUCUGCCACCGCAGGGGGCCCGGGCUGGCCCCAGACCUGCACUUUGAGUGGCGGGACCCGCCGGCUCUGGGAGCAGCAUUCUCAGCGCGUUGAGCUUCGGACAAGGGGAGAGAAGCGGUCCUGAGAGCCCCGCCUGUCUGCUUGAGGCCUCUCCUCUCUGCGGGUCUGCAGGGGCCACGACCUUCCAGAGGGGCGCAGACCAACCCCAGGACUCCCUCGGCCUCGGGGCGAAGACGUGUCCUGCCUGGGGGGCUGAGAGG